CACAAAGUGCAUCCUCAUAAACAAAAUAUAUCCAUAACUUAGCUUUUAAGUAAAAAAAAUAGCUAUUUAGAUGACAGCGGCUUUGAAGGUGAACUUAGUGGGUUAGCUGAGAGCUUUAGCUAAACCAAUGAAGGACAGGCAGCCAGUGACAGUGAGGAUAAACGGUCCCCACCUUGGCUUUUGAUCCUCUGUCCUCCUGAGCAAAGCUCAGAAACAAACAGGCAGACCGAGCAAUGAGAAGCUGGUCAGCGGAAAGCAGUACAAACACCCAGCUGUUAGGUUGAUGUGUGGAAGCUCGUCUGUACAAAGGGAGGAAACAUGAGCAGCUGCAGACUGCUGCUGUCUCAGCUAAAGCUUUGGACUUCAGGAGGAAACAAAUGGAAACGGGGACUUAAUAAAGGCACCGGUUGGAGCGGGAAGGCAUUUUUGUCUACUUCCAGUUGCCCGAAGGUGUGUAUCGUUGGAAGCGGUCCAGCAGGUUUCUACACGGCACAGCAUCUAAUCAAGGCUCGUCAGGAUGUUGAGGUGGACAUUUACGAGCGACUGCCCGUCCCCUUCGGCCUUGUCAGGUUCGGAGUGGCCCCUGAUCACCCUGAAGUCAAGAAUGUCAUCAACACUUUUACCCAAACAGCCAAACAUCCUCGCUGUAGUUUCUAUGGCAACGUAAAUGUUGGGAAGGAUGUGACGAUCAGCGAACUGCAGCAGGCGUACCAUGCCGUCGUACUGAGUUAUGGAGCAGAGGGAAACAGGAGGAUGGGGAUCCCAGGUGAAGAUCUGCCUGGUGUUUACUCAGCCAAAGACUUUGUUGGCUGGUAUAACGGCUUACCCAGCUGUCGAGAGCUCAAUCCAGACCUGAGCUGCGAAACAGCCGUCAUUCUGGGACAAGGCAACGUGGCCUUGGAUGUAGCCCGAAUACUCCUCUCUCCUUUGGAUAUUUUAAAGAAAACUGACAUUACCCAGCCGGCGCUGGAAGCUCUUGCAGAGAGUCGGGUUCAGAAGGUGCUGAUAGUUGGAAGGAGGGGACCCAUGCAGGUCGCUUGCACAAUUAAGGAGCUCAGAGAAAUGGUGAACCUGCCAGGAACCAGGCCUGAGAUGCUGGCAGCUGAUUUUGAAGGCAUCCCUGAAGCCCUUAAAGAUGUAGCGCGGCCCAGAAAACGUCUCACCGAGCUGCUGCUGAAGACGGCUCUAGAGGCACCGGGAGAUAAGGAGCUGGAGAGGCGCAAAAACGCCACCAAGGUGUGGGGUUUCCGAUUCUACCGGAGCCCCACAGAAAUCCUGUCUGAGCCGAACCUCAACAGAAUGUCAGGUAUUCGACUUGCAGUCAACAGGCUUGAGGGGUCUGGAGAUGGAGCUCAGGCUGUUCUUACAGGAGAGGUGGAAGAUGUCUCCUGCGGUUUGGUCAUCAGCAGCAUCGGCUACAGGAGCCUCCCCAUCGAUCCCACGGUGCCCUUUGACCCCCAUAGAGCCAUCGUGCCAAACUCUCUAGGCCGGGUUCCCCAGGCUGCAGGUUUGUAUUGCAGCGGCUGGCUGAAAACAGGCCCCACCGGUGUGAUAGCCACCACUAUGAACAACAGCUUUGACACGGCUCGAUCCCUGCUGGAGGACAUGGAGUCUGGAACAUUGGACGUGUCUCCUGCCAGAACCGGAUCGCAGGUGGUCAGCCGUCUGCUGGAGGAGCGAGGAGUGAAACCAGUGACUUUCUCUGACUGGGAGAAGAUCGACAGCUUGGAGACGAAGAGGGGCGACGCUCGUGGAAAACCGAGAGAGAAACUACUGACGGUGGAGGAAAUGCUGACAGCAGCCCGAACGUGACCAGAACCAGCAGGGGGAGGGGAUUCAGGAGGAUGGAGAGGCUGCACAGGUUCCAGGAUCAGCGGGGAUCAUUUUCAUACAAUACAAGAAGGACUUUGGAAGCAGGCUGAAUUUAAAGCGGCAUCAAUUAAACUGUUUCAUACUUUAGAAUAUUUGCAGGAGGUGUAGAAACGUAA